CAAUCGUUUUCUUCCUCUUGGGGCGAAUCUUGCAUUUCAUCGCUAUUUUCUCCAUCUGUGAAGUUAGUGUAGACUCUUCUACCGUUCGUCUCUUGUGCAAUGCGUAGGCUUUGCUACCCUACGAUUUGUCUCUUUUUUCUAUCUCUGUCCGUACCCCUUCCUCUCCGCGCAGGAUCAUCAUUGCCUCGUUUGGAGGCUUCCAGUCACUCACCUCUGUGUUGGUCUAGUCUACAGGCUGCAUACUCUGCUGUUUCUAUUUGGUGUAGUGAAUUUGUGCACAUUGCCAGAGUAGAAUCCGAGCACUUCUCUCACAAUGAAAUAUGAAUAUGAGAAAUCGGUUUAUCGGUUUGGAUCAUACUAUAGUCCGAAUCAUAUUAUUGGAUCUCCAUGCCGAUUGCAGCAGAGGAGUAUUUGAGUUUAGGCCUCGGCUGGUUUAAGGUUUAUGAGGAGUUUAGCAGGAAGGCACCUUGGACCAGGAUUGCCUUGCAGUCGAUUUGGAUACAAUUCAGAAGCAUGGGUGUCCUGCGUGAAAUGGGAGUUUCUUGGAGGAUUACUCAUCAACCUCUGCCUUGUUGAUGUUCAAUCAUAUCAGCGAGUGGAGACAAAUGACACGAAAGAUAUCCUCACCGUGUACACGGUCUGUAGAUUACGUAAUAGAAGUUAGACCUCCAAACGUGACUUUCAGGAUUUGCAGAGGCGGUCAAGGUGCGGAUUAUGUGGAUGAAUUAUAGAUAUGCAAAAUGCAUGAGCAUGCUUCUGUCGUGUUCUGUCUCUUAGCUAAACCUAACGCUGAAUGCACCUUCCGAUUUCCGCUAGUGGGGUUGGGGCUUAUGGGUACUGAAUGUUUUAGUCUGGAAGUACGUUUUUCAGUCCUUCUCAAUCUUGGGAGUAGGUCGAAUGGUAACUUGAGGGACCUAUCAUGGAGGUAUGGUCCACCAUUCAUACACCAAAGUUGUCAACUUUGUCACAAAGGGUUAGCUUAUGUACAUACUACUGGACACGUGUGCAAGUGAUAGAAAUUCGGCUCGUUCGUUUGGGCAGUAUGAACACGAUGAAAAACAAGGAAGUUACGUUGAUUUUGUGUGCUCAUUGUGUGAAUACUGAACCUGGAUGAUACAGGGGAUGUCGUUUUGUAGGAUUUGCAACUCAAGGCGGAGGCCUUGAACGCACGAAAGGUUCUUAGUACAGUGAAAGCUGGAUUCCUUGGUUCAGUGACUUUGGAGGUACUGCUUUGCUUGGAAGGAGUUAAUGCCUGAUGUGAUGCAUGGUUGCAGAUGAAUGUUCCUGGAAUCAACAGGGGAAAGAUCCUGUAGCUGGGCUUUUAGACUGCAUUUCGAUAUUUGCUGAGCCUCUUCGAGAUGAUAGGACCGUCACGUCUCCGCGUUCGGAGCGCCUUGCUGCACACCACGACCCAAGUAGUACUCCUUGGUGGUUGGAUGAAGCAUGGGAGGGUAUGAACCCUGAGGAAUGGGAGGAGGUCUUUACGGAGGGAAUAUUAUGUGGUGGAUCUCCUGACAGGCCUUUGUCUGAGUGGGCGACUGGUCGCCAGCACUGGCUGCAUACAGUAGGGAGCCUUGUGAUCUACAAUCGUCGUGGUAACCGUGAAAGGCGGAACCCUGAGGUCUCUUUCCAAGAGGCCAUGCCUGAGUAUCACGGACAGUCUCAAAGGCUCAGUAUUGUGAUGGCACGAAACUUUUGGAAGGAGUAUCCACGUGCCGCAGCAGACUGCACUACAGGCACUUUCGUCCUCGGGCGCCUGUUUCAGGGGAUACGCCGGCUUGGUGGCUUGAUGGUUGCCAAGCUGGUUUACAAAAUUCUGGAGUUUGGUGGUUAUCCUGGCUAGCCGUACCUGCUUGAAAUAAGCAACAGGUAUCGGCUGCAGUGGUGAAAUACAGCUGAUUCAUGUCGCAAGAGGCGGAAGUACGUGCAGCUUGAUGCAAGUUGCUCGCACCAAAGUCUUCAAGUCGAUAAUCAAGAAAUCAGAGAUGUGAAAAGAGAUGUUGAUGUUGAAGUGAUUCUUCUUUUGAGGUUGGCAUUCCUACUCGCGUCUCCAAAGUUUUGGAGCUGCCAUUGCCAAUCCAUUUACUGGUAUAGAGAAUGUUCCUUGUCGUUCAUUUUCAUGUGCACACAUUGGUGUUUUCAUUGCAUGGUUACGUAAACUUCUCUAGCCAUCCAGAUGCUGAACAUCGUUCCCCGUAUGCAACUAAUGAGGAAGUGGACACAAUAUUAUGCUAAACUCAAAAUGACUCUCAGAGGUGGCUGCCCAUAUAAAUGUUAGCAGACAAUGAAGAUGCA